AUGUACCAGUGGGCAAUCCAACACGACAGCCAUAACGACCCUCAGCCAGGGCCUAAUGACUAUGCAAGUCGAGCCCAGUACGGUCGCUAUCUCAAAUGGGCCUUGGGGUAUGUAAAAGAGCUGGCCCCAGCAAAUGUGCGCAUCCAAGAGGACCUUGCCCAUGCUAUUCGCCUCGACGAUGCUGACUGUGGUCGUCAUCAGAUCAUAGCCUUAUCCGAUGGUCAAGUACUGCGUGGCAUCACUGCUGUAGUGCUCGCCCUGGGACAUCUACCCCAGCAGCUGACCAGCGAUGAGGAGCAACAGCGAACUUACGCAAGCACACAUUCGCUGCGUUACAUACCGCCAGCAAAUCCCGCCAAUGUUGAGCUUGAUAUGAUUCAAGCCCAAGAGAAGGUAUUCCUCCGUGGUCUCGGUCUUUGUUUCUUCGACUACCUAAGCCUUUUUACUGAAGGCCGAGGGGGAAGAUUCACCACUGAACCUAAUGGUUCUUUGGAAUAUCACGCCUCUGGCAAAGAACCCCUGCUCUUCGCAGGUUCAUCCCGUGGUAUCCCGCAUCGAGCUCGUCCCGAGAACGCGAAAGGCGUAUACAGAUACCAUCGUCCUCUUCUUCUCACGGGUGACAACUUGUCGCGUUUCCGCAGUCAAGCAAAACAAGGGAAGCCGCCCAGCUUCUCACGGGACAUCCAGCCGCUUGUCAUGAGGGAAAUGGAGUGUGUCUACUAUAUGACCCUGCUUCAGCAGCGAGACCAAGAUUUUAUUGGCUUUCAACAUCUGGCAACAGCCAAUCCAUAUAGCCCGCUCACUUUGCCCCAGCUGCAGCAGUUUGGCAUCAGCCAGGAUGACAAGGAGUCGUGGGAAUCCUCCUUGAACCCGCAUCUCCCAGCGAAGAUGACAUAUACUGAGCACAGGGAUUGGAUCAUGUCCUAUCUAGCAGAGGACUCCAGACAAGCCGCAUUGGGCAAUAUUAACGGUCCCCAUGGAGCUGCACGAGAUGCACUGCGAGACAUACGCAACUCUAUCCGGCUCGCCAUCGAUCACGACGGGAUUUCGGGCCAUUCGAGAGAGGCCGAUGUGGACACCUGUUUCACACCCGAAUCCAACUUCUUAAGCGUCGGCCCUCCUCGCUAUCGCAUCGAUCAGACGGCAGCGCUUAUCCGAGCAGGUGUUUUGAGCAUUAUGGGCCCAGGAAUCAGAGUCGAGCGUGGUGAUCACAUGUGGGUUGCACGCAGCCCUGCUAUUCCGGACUAUCAGCUGCAUGUGAUGACUCUAAUAGAGGCGCGCCUGCCAAAGCCUUGCGUGUCAAGAACUUCUGACCCUUUGUUAUCUUAUCUCUUGGAGACGGGCCAAUGCAGACCGCAUAAGAUCGACGGCUAUGAGAGCGGAGCUUUGGAUAUAACUGCGGCCCCAUAUAACCUCAAGAACGGCCAAGGUCGUCCCCACCCUGCACGACUGGUUCUUGGAGUGCCGACUGAAGGCAUUCACUGGACUACUACAGCAGGCGCCAGGCCGGGCAUAAACUCCCUUAUGCUUCGGGAAAGUGAUGAGGUAGCGCAGGCCGUACUACGGUUGAUACAGGAGGCUUAG